UGUUCUGUUGUCAUCGGUCUUGUGUUUUCUUUGUACACAUCGGGCCAGUUUUCAUACGUCUUUACUUUAAAUUUAGUCCGCUUAGCUAUCAAUACGCCUCCGUAAAAGUGAUUUUAAACGAAGACUCCUGCAAAAUGGAAGAAAAUGAAGAAGUGUGUUUAAAGACGGAGGGAAACAAAAAGCCGAAACUUCGCAGGAUGUCAUCGAGGACGUCCAACACCAGUAUCAUCAGCGCCGCGGAGCCUUCUCCACAAACACUGCAGAGAAACAACUCCAAGAAACCGCCACUGCAGAGAGGCAGCUCCUUCACCUUUCUCACUCCUGGGACUCCGUGGGACUUCAGUCUAAAGAGAAAGCGUAAAGAGAAGGAUGAUGACACGGUCAGUCUGUCCAGCUUCGACCUCAAGGAACCCAGUAACAAGCGUGUCCGACCGCUGGCCAAAGUUUCAUCCCUCGUCAACUUGAUUUCUCCUUCAAAGAAUGUGCGCCGCUUUGGCCAGACCAUCCAGUCAAUGUCAUUACGUUGUGACAGCAAGUCACCAGGGAUGUCCCGCAGAGCCAGCAGCAAGGCAGUAUGUCCCACACCCACUAAACGCAGAAACAGCACGCUGUGGUCGGAGACGCUGGACGUCCAUCAGAAGAGCGCGUUCUCGACCAAAGAGAUCAAGAGACAAGAGGCAAUUUAUGAGCUUUUCAGGGGAGAGCAGGAUCUCAUAGAAGAUCUACAACUUGCACGAAAGGCAUACCAUGAUCCGAUGCUAAAACUCUCCAUCAUGACAGAGGAGGAACUAGCUCACAUAUUUGGGGACCUUGACGCGUACAUCCCUUUACAUGAGGACUUAAUGAUAAAACUGACGGAGGAAACUGGCCCUGAUGGAACAGUGGCUCAGAUUGGGCAGAUCGUUAUAGACUGGCUGCCUGGUCUGAACGCUUACAAAGCCUACUGCAGCAACCAGCUCGCAGCCAAAGCCCUGCUGGACCAGAAAAAGCAGGACAAGCGUGUCCAGGACUUCUUGCAGCGCUGCCUGGAGUCGCCCUUCAGCAGGAAGCUUGACCUCUGGAGCUUCCUGGACAUCCCACGUUCACGCCUGGUGAAAUACCCACUGCUGCUGCGAGAGAUCCUCAGACACACUCCUCCUGAUCACCCUGAUGUAGCCAGUCUGGAGAGGGCUAUCACUAUAAUCCAGGAGAUUCUGUCUGAUAUCAACGUGAGAAAAGGGGAGUCUGAGUGCCAGUAUUAUAUAGACAAGCUGGAGUAUCUGGAUGAAAAGCAGCGUGACCCUCUCAUAGAUAACUGUAAAACCCUACUUUGUCACGGCGAGUUGCGGAACAAGAGCGGCUCGAGGCUGCAUGUGUUCCUCUUCUCUGAGCUCCUGGUUCUGACACGGCCGGUGACCCGGAACGACAGGAGCUGCUUCCAGGUGUAUCGACAGCCCAUCCCAGUGCGGGACUUGGCUUUAGAGGACCUGCAGGAUGGGGAGAUCCGCAUGGGGGGGUCCUUCAGAGGGGCUUUCACCAAUGGAGAGAAAGCUAAGAAUGUUUUCCGUGUGAGUUCCCUGGAUCCGUCCCACGGCCAGUCCCACACACUGCAUGUCAACGAUGUCUACCACAAGCAGCAGUGGCUCAACUGUCUACGCACUGCGAUGGCCCAACAACAGGGGGCUCCACCCAGAGUUCAGCAGGGAGAAGCUGUCAGAGCCAAGCGUCGCUCCUCCACUAUCUCAGCCACCAUCUCUGACGAGGAGACAGAUGAGAACUGUCCGCCUGUCUCUGGCCCAAAACUCAGGCCCCAGACACUGUCCAAAACCAGACUGGACCAGAAGUUUCAAUGCUCGCUAAAGAGGAAGGAGACUGGAGUGUAGACAUUUAACCCAGCGCAAGGGUUCCUCUCAGACAGACACGUGCGCAACAUGAGUCCUGUUUCCUCACGUGUGUCUGGCAGUGAAUUUUCAUGCAAGUGCUGUUUUUGUGCUUUUGCUUCGUCCGUGUAGCUGCACUGAAAAAGUCUUUCCUCAUUUCCGUCCACGUGAAUUGUCAAAUUUUAGUCUUUUAAAAAGUGUAAUUAGUUUACAAAAAAAGUGAUGUGUCUGAAAUGUAUGUUUACACUUAAAUGUGUGUGAAGUUAGGGUUUUAUUUGUCUACCUACAUUUAAACAACUUUAUACCACUUGUAGCAGAAAAGUAGUUUCAUCGUCAUUCCAGUGUCGACACUUUCAAACUUUGUGUGUCUUUGCUGCUGUCAAAUGCAUCUGUGUUAUAGGAAGCAUGUGUGCAGUUUUAAGUGUUAUCUGUGGCUAGAUAAGGGAUCAAGAAACCGAGAAGCUGUGAUGGCCUCAGCUGUCUGUGCAGGAAGCCAUUGGGUGAGCUGAGUAUAAAAAUGUUAAAGAUUAGACACGAGAUAAUGAGCCGAACAUGAGAACACUGACCACGACCACGAUAAGAUAAAAACAUUUCUCAGAAGAAAAAAAAGAUGUAUUCAGUGAAACGCUGUUAAAUGGAAAAAGAUAAAACGUACAGUUUGUACUUUAAAAAACAGUCAUGAGUAUGAGUGACCAUGAGAUUGUAUGUUUCAACACACCAACGUCCUCCUGGUUGUACUUUGACCCCUCAGCCACUUCCUUCUGCUGUUGACAAAGCUGUUCAGCAGUGUGUUGCAAGAUUUGUCACAAAACAGAAGCAGAGGAAAACUGAUGUCUGCACACUUCCACUUUAGUGUGUUGAAAUCCUUCAUGUCCUUUAUGUUUAAUAAUGUUUCAGUCCAUAGUGAUACAGUUGUAAAGACCAUUUGAUGUACUGUCUGGAAACAUUAAAAACCCACU